CAAUAAACGUCUUCAAACCAAACGGCCUCCAGCAAAACCCCUCGUUGCUUAUUUUCUCCUUUUGUCUCACCUAUUUCUCCGAGAAUCAAUAAUGCCGCACCGCAUCACAGUCGAAAGGCUAACCAUCGACAGCUUCAAGCCGUACGGCGACGUCGUCCAGCUCGAGGGCCACCACAACAUCGUAAUCGCGAACCAGGGCACCGCCAAGCGCGUCAACAAUGUGGCCACAUUGACCAACCUACGCCCACAGCCUUUGCCGGCUCUCCAGAGGGCGUCCCCGAACAUGUGUAUUUUCAGCUCGGCCCCGCGCCCGACCACUGCCGGACAUUUCACUGUGUCGCUGCUGGAGCGCCAUCCGUUCAGCUCGCAGGUCUUCAUGCCCAUCAUGCAGGAAGGCGUCGAAAGCGACCCUGACGCCCCCUCGUAUAUUGUCAUUGUGGCGGAGAACGGCGCAGACGACAAGCCUGAUGUGAAGACAAUUCGGGCAUUUGCAGCGAACUCAACCCAGGGGAUUAACUAUAAGCCCAAUUCCUGGCAUAGCCCGAUGGUGUGCGUUGAGAAGAGGGUCAAUUUCCUGGUGCUGGUGUGGGAGAACGGCGUCGCGCUGCAGGAUUGCGAGGAGGCCGGUAUUGAGCCCGUCAUGAUUGACCUGAGGCCGGAGUUCAGGAACUUGCCCGAGGGCAAGCUGUAAUAAAGUCUUUUUUGUCCAAGAGAAACUCUAAGCAUGUAUCUGUGGGCUGGCCGUAAGUUUGCCUAGCUCUCCAGCUACUCCUUCAUCGCAUUGCCUGUCCUACCUCGUUUUCUUUAGCCUAUUGCUUCAUUCCAAAAGUACAUGCUGGGACAUGCAGCUGUAUCUGCAUAUCCUAUUUCCUGACCAAAACAAUAGCCUGUUUACUAGCUCACUAUGUCUAUUGAUCUAGGCAGUCCCCCUGAUCCCCAUGUUGGGCUGCAUAAACGAUUUUUUUGAAUUGAAACUCGAAUAGAUUCCAACUAUCUAAAUCCCA